CGCCAUGCUCUGCGCAUCCAUAAGAGAGUACGCUCUAGCGUUACGUUGUUGAUGGUACGGACGUGCGAACCGAAGAGGAACGGCGGAAGUCGUUCUUGGUUUCGCUCGUGUUUCGUUUCCGGUGCUCGGGUUAAAUGUCGCGAGGAUGAGCUACCGACCGAAUCAAGGUUUAUAUCGCACCCUAGACUUCGUUACACCUGUGACACGAGUAUGGGGCAUUUUUUCGGCAAUAGUUUACUGGGGUAUAGGCGCUGACAUCACGUAUCACGGCGACUCCUUGGGACCGUACAUACUGGUCUCAGCUGUGUUUAUUACACUCUUUGAAACAGCGUUUGCUGUGGACCUUUUCCUCGAGGUUUGCAUAAGGGAGGAGAGAGGCUAUUGCCUUCGCCUGUGGAGAGGAAUUCGAUGGGUAGAUCUGUGGCGGAAAAGCGUCCUUUACUUGGCCUUGUCCAUCCUGUGCUUUGCCUACCACAGCAGUUCCUGGUUAGGAGGUUAUGCUGGUGCCACAACGUUAGUUCUGUGUGUCCUUUACCUCAUCCUUACCUACAAGAAUCACCUUGAAGUCAAGGAGGCUCUCUUGGCUGACAAAGAAGCAUCGUAUGACAGGUUUGAUGCGCUCGAAGAAGAGGUGGACGAAACACUUCCGGAGCCCGAUGUUGACACUGUUGGUGACCAAGACCGCAUCUUGGAAGUAUGAGGGCCUCCUGUUGCCUGGGUAUCUAUAUGCCACAACAGACAGCAGCGCUUGUGCCACAGUCAAGUGCAGAAGGGAAGUGUUCUGCAGUUUGUAAUAGUGGGCCUUGUAGGCACCACCAUGUUGUACUAUAGAGGCACCUUGCCAUAAUUGUUGAGCUAUUGAUCUGAUGUUAUAUACAAUGAGUGAUCUUUCUGUUACCGUAUUUACACCUGCGCUAUUUUUUUAGGCAUCUAGAUAUACCAGAACCAUUUAUAUAUUAUUCUGGCUAACAUAUUUCUAGGCUUUUUUUUAUACACCCCCCCCCCCCCCCAUUUUUUUUUCAGCAAAAUGUUGUUAUGGGUUUUUGGUAUUGUGGGCUGCUAGAGUCUAGGCUGUUCACUGUACUUAAUACGUUCGUCUUUCCACUUGCACAUUUUGUUCAGAAAAUGGAAGCAAGUUUUCAUUGAUCUGGUUGCAUUUUUCAGCCUGCAAUUUGCCAUCCAUUUUAUCUUUGUUACUCUCAUCUCUAUCAAGAUGUUCCAGUUUUUCUGCACUCAUUUGCAUUAUUUCCUUGUAAUUGUGUUAAGGUUGACAGUCCUUAGCAUUGUUGCUUUUAUUAAGGUGCCAUUUAGCUUCAUAAAGUUUUAUUAAUUGUUGCCUGUACUGCUUCGAGGUGUAAAAUGUGUGCUUCAGUACACUUCACUCAUCAGGCUGCCUUUUCAUGGUGUUAAGAACUUGGCAACCUAUUUUGUCUCAUCAUUAUGUUUUGUUGGUCCAGCGGUGCUCUUAAUUGUGAGGCUGCUGUAGGUGGAAUAACCAUACUGAGGUUUCAGUCAUACAGUGGCACAGCCAGGGGGGGUUUAGAUCCUCGCCUCCCCCCCUCCCCAAAAUUUUUACAUCUUGUAUAUGAAUAUUUACAUGCAUACAUACAAAUGCAUCAACGAGCAUACAUAAAAGGGGGAUGGGUUGGACCCCCCCUUUUUGUGAAAAAAUUUCUGGCUAUGCCACUGGAGUCAUAUACCUGUGUAGUAAGGAAACAUGACUUUUAAGGGCUCGUUUUUCUUUGUUAGCCACAUUAUUAAUGAGAACUAACAGACAAUAAUGCCAAGGACAGUAUGGGGGUGCUAUUAUAUGGUGGCGAUCGGCGCUGACUAACACUCCUACGUUUAAAUGCACAUAUAAACCCUGUAAAGUGGACGGAGGGAUGACCGCCGCCCUAGCUCAGUGGUAGAGCAUCGGACGCGUUAUUCGAAGGUCACAGGUUCGGUCCCUGCCGGCGGCAAGUCAUCUUUUCGUCCACUUUACUUUCUUCACAUUUAUUUCCCAAUUAUUACAAAUAACACCCUCAUACUUUCCUUGGCAUUAUUGUCUGUUAGUUCUCAUUAAUACCUGUGUAGUGUUAUUCUUAGCCUUGUGGAUCAGCUGCAAAUAACAAAUUGAAGAAGAAAUGGCUACUGUGCCAGCACUAAAUUUGAAGAGGGUUGUGUAAUUCAUACAGAGAGAAUGUAUCGCAUGGUAAUGUGAUUUGCGACAGCAAUUAUUAGAACACUCCAAGCAAGGAGGUGAUGUCAUUAUGAUCUGCAUAAAGUCCAAGUGCGAUGUGAUCUUUUACGCCACACAUGGUGUGCUAUGGGAUCAGCGUGUGUCAUCGUGAGCCAGGCAGGAAGGAGAGGCAAGUAUGCAUCUCCUCUAGGCAUAUUCUGGGCAGCACCACUUGCAGCUGUGGGUGCAGCAGCAGCACAGCCAGAAUAAUAGGAGUGUCAUAGUGCGGUGAAAGAGGUGGUGGCAGGGUCAAAGGCCAAGUGAGCUGAGAUGGCUGGUUGCUUCGUGUGUGCUCUCUCCACACUUCUCGGAGGUAUCAUUGUCUCUGACCAGCUGAAAGCAAUGCAAUGCUCUCCCCUUGUUGUUGUUUUCUUUCCCUUUUUUACUUGCUUCCCAAUGUUGUGCACCGCAUUUUGGUCAGAAAUAAGGGUGCAGUGGCUGUUUAGGUGCACUUCACAUGCCUAUCAGUUAUGCUUCAUAGCCAAGCUUUGUCACUUUCUGUCGUCUGUAUAGGAUUCAUGUUUAUUGUUAUGCAGUGCCUCUCCUUUCACCACAGAAAUAUUUUUCUCUACACAUGUAUAGUAAACGACAUCCUCCAUAUGUCUGCCGUGCUGCUGCAGUGGCCAGUCAGCCAUGCUGCUUCUGCCAUCCUUGUUUCCGAAAUCCACCACUAGUAGUAUUCCAUUGGUACCCCUACAGUGACACACAGGGUUUAUACUUCUCACAAAGGCUGUGUGUAUGGCCUGCUGCUUUUCUUAUCUCUGUAGCAUCAUGGUGCACGUUAUGAACAAGUGCACUAGAAAUGGAAAGAGAAACAAGUGUUCCCAUAGAGCUGAGGCAGAUUUUUCUCAGUGGUUCCUUGAUGUUUGACAGUACUUAUUUUUAUUGCUAGGACGCCUUGCCCCCAAAUACAGUAGAACCUACUUAUAUAACAAUACCGGUUUUAACAAUAUAUCAGUUAUAGCAAUGAGAAGCUGCUGCACCGUCAACUUUUAUAUGUUUUCUAUGGUGAAAUAACCCACUUGCAGCAAUGCCCGCAUGCCACAUUAUCGAUUAUAACAAUGAAUUCCGUCUCUUGGGUGUCCGUGCUGACAGAUAAUAGAACGCAAAAUCCUUGAAAAGAAAGAAGAAAACGAGAAAUUAAAGCUGCUGUACCCCUACCCACAACAUAAACAACCCCCAACGUCCUUUCGGAUUUGCAGUAUGCUUCACCACAUGGCGUUGUGACAUUGCGGCAAAGCUGAUUUUUGAAAUCCGCUAUGGCACGGGAGUGGCAGUAGCUUCUGCUAAUGCGCUUUCGGACAUGCAGUGUUUCAGCAUCCAAAACUUCAGACGUUUUCAUACAUUGGCUCUAUGGGGCUAGUGGUUGUCCCGUGAAAGCGUCCGAAUUUUCAAGCAUGUCCGAAAAAUCGGCAGCUUUGUCAUCUUUAUCACUGAUGUCUGUUGGCAUAUCCCAUCUGAUAUUAUGGUUUUCUCACAGCAGCCUGCUGUCCCCCUAUAUUGCUUUUUUUCGUGCAACCCGUUUAUAGCAAUUAUCGGUUAUAACAAUGAAAUUUUCGUGGCACUUCAGUAUUGUUAUAAGUGGGUUCGACUGUAUUCAUCCCUUGCGCCAGGGUGUAGGUUUUAUGCAAAAGGUGCUAGUCAUUUUGGCAGGCAAUGUUUACUUGUUUGAGUUGUGUCAUGUCGUCUCAUUCUGCUACUCUGGCUCAGCAGCUAGGGCCUGGUACUGCUUAUGCACAAAAUUGCAAAUUAGAAGCCCGGCAGUGGUAAGCAUUUUAAUAUGUGCAAAAGGCAAAAACGCCCAUUUCAGGGGCUCGUGAACUAAUAUUUUACCUCAUGUGACCAAGCUUAGACCACAAACCUUUUUUCGCUCCUCUUAGCCCAGCUGCAGCCUUAGAAGGUAAAUGUCAGUGGGUAAGUUUUGUAAUAGAUCAUUUACAAUUUUAAAUGCUUAAGCACAAAUGUGUUAAUAUUGCAGAACUUUGGCAAUUAUUUAUUGACAAAUUUAGAGGGGCUUCCUUUUGAGGGCUUACUCAAAGCCACCUUACGAUCUUUGUAGUUGUCAGAAACAGUUGUAUGCAAGAAGCGUAUGUAUAACACAUUGUUCUGGGAAACACAUCCAGCUGCCAGUGUCUUGUGAAGUGUGGCUGGAAAUCUGCGCCUUUUUGUGCGUGAAUACUCGCUGUUAAGGAUUGGUUACCAGCAACCAAGUCCUGUAGUACACACACCCUUGUUAUAGCUAUGCCUCCUGGUUAAUAUUUUUCAUCAAGUGUGUGGUGCAGCUUUCACAAGUGGAAGAACUUUUGUUUUCACAAUGUUAUGUGCAUGAAGACUACUGCUUUUGUCUUUACUAAUUAAAGGUACUGAAACAAAGUGUAAGAACAUAAAGGGUGUUUAAGUAAAUGUGUCCGAAAAUUCUCAAAAAUACGGGACAUGCAAUAUUUGCUCGCUGUCUCUGUAAUUACUUUUCCUGUGGUAGCAGACAUGUUAAGUUGACGAGAGAUAUUGAUUACAGCAUUGAUUGAAUAAGUUAAAACAAUUAACUUCUUAAAUUACAGGAGACAGGCAGUCAAGUUAAAUGGGAGAAAGCCCAUUGCCGCUUUGACAUUUUCAAAAAGCAGCCGCUGGUAAUUUUUGUGGAUUGAUAAAAUGUGGAUUGUGGAUUGAUAAAACCGACGAAACCAAAGUGCCGAAGAAUGCAACUGCCAUACUUUAGCAAACCUUCAGAAUGACAACAGUGUUUGCAACAACAAUUGCUGUGGUGUUGGUUCUUCUGAAUUCGUUAACCUAUGUGUGCCUAGCAUGCUAUCAUGGCAAACACAGUCCUUGUACCCAUGAGGCGAAGUAGAUUUAUGUUUUAUAUGAUGAUGCUCACUCAUGCUGAACUCCUUGGAAGAGUAUGGCUUUUGCUUUUUUCAGCAUUCCGGUUUCAGUUCUGCCAGCAGAACUGGGCGGAUUUUAUCACUCCGCAAUAAUUAUCAGGGACCACUUUUUGGAAAUCUCAAAGCGGUAAUGGGCUGUUCACAGGAGGGACAUCAAUUCUUCCAUUUAACCCGACCGCCCAUCUUCUCUAUUUAAAAAAUUAAUUUAAUUUCUCUAUUUGUCACCACAAUUCAGGGUGUCUACCAACCUGGAAAACCUGGAAUUGUCAGGAAAUUCGGACAUGUCUGGAAAAGUCGGGGAAUUGUCUUGGAAUUUUAAAAACCUGGCUGGGUCUUGGAAACUGACUGAUGGCAGUCAGUGCGGCCAUCACAAAAAACAAUCUUUACCUUUGAUCAAAGCUUAUAAGGUCGCUUUUUUUUUUCUGCAUCUACAGUAAACAGCUAAGCAGAAGUAGAAUAACAGAGAGCUGAGCUAGUUGGUAAGUAUUCAUUCUAAAAAGACAGGGCGUGCAAACACGAACACAUGAAAGAAGUCAGGACACCACAAAUGCCGGCAUUUGUGGUGUCCUGAUUUCCUUCUUGUGUCCGUGUUUGCACGCCCCGUCUUUUUAGAAGCAGAAGUAGAUCACACAAAAGAUCUCAAUUCCCAAGCUUGACGUUACUCACUCCAAUAAAUUUGUUCUUGUUUGUCUUAGCCAUGAUCUCGGCUCGACUUUAAGGCAUUCUGGUUUGGCCAUAAGCACUAUGAGCAGAGGCUUUCCGGGCUGGGUCAAGCUCACUCACUUGCAAUGCAACAACAGACAUCCUCAGUUCGGCACUCAGUUUAUGCAAGUGCGCUGUCUUUUUACCACUCGAGGGCUCAUUUCCAGUACACAGUCAGUCAGUUUUCCAAGCAAGCUUGCCAGUCACGGAAUAUGCUCAGAAUCGUCAUGAAAACCUGGAAAAGUCGGGGAAUUUGGAAAAAUGAAAUUGGUAGACGCUCUGAUAAUUGAUGUCUCUAGUCAUCGUAAGAUGUCUGCAACCACAGAAACGGUAACAAUUAACUUGAAAGUUUGGGACACAUUUCUAGAAACGCCUGGUAUAUAAAUGUAGAGGGCAGCUAUUUUUGUCUCCACAAGGCUGGGCCAAGUUUCUUGCUUUCAUCAGAAGUGGUUCUUUUCACUAUCUGAUGCUAUGGUUGUGACUGACAUACUGCUAAAAUCUAAAAAUGCUUUAUUAACAGAUUUCUGCUCAAAAUUUGGAGUGUGGCAGUUACAUGAGCAUAGCAGUUUCACAUGUCUGUACAAUUCUUUUGGAGCAGUCACUCUGUGACAUGGUGCAUGUUUCAUCACUUGCACCCACUGUGGGACCUUAGCGGCCACAGCUAUACACGAAGUCUUAUGUUAGAUUCCGGGCCACGGUGACCAUGUUUCGAUUGGGGCGAAACGCAAAAAGUGGCUGUGUACUUUAGAUUUAGGUGCACGUUAAAGAAAUCAGGUAGUCAAAAUUAAUCCUGAGUCCCCCCACUACAGUGUGCCUCAUAAUCAGAUUGUGGUAUUGGCACGCAAAACCCAAGAACUUGCUAUACAGUAUAACAUAUAUAACAUACACGUGAUUGCAUGCUACACACUUGGCUAUUUUGAAGAGAAUACAAGCAUCACUUGCACUUUGACACUGUGCAGAGAGAAAUGGAAAUGGGUAACGAACUUCAAGCAUUCAUUCGUACUACAUGGAAAGUACCCUUGACAUUUCAAAAGCUAAGUGUGUCAUUUGGGCAAGGUGGGAAUAAAAACCAGAAGUGUGAGGCCGUUUAGAUUUACAGCUGUUUCUGCCUAUCCCUUUAUGCAAUUUGCAAUAGUCAAUAGUCUAGCAUUUGUCAUCUGUGUUUGAAAAUAAGCUUUUGUCAAGUGUACCAAUUGCUCUCAUAAUUAUUUGAAACUGCUACAGUCAAUUCUUCCUUUAAUUCAGCAUCUAUGAGACAUGCAGAAUUGUGGUCGUUGUACAACCUAUCCCACAAGAUUGAGAUGCCAGAGUACUCAAGUCUCCCCAAAGAGAGAGCACUGCAACAUGGCAAAGCAGUUGCAACUUUGGUGGUGGGUGAAUGGGGCAGAAUUCACUAUUCUCCAUUUCAUACUUAAAGUGCAGUGCUGUGGAAGGUAAGCAUUAAGCUCAGUCAUCAAAAUGCGUCUCUGCGUUUUGUAGUCAAGUGAUUUUGAAACUAAUUUUCACCCAACUGUUAAUGAGAUGGGCAUUGGUUUUACAGCAUAUAAAGUUAUAUAUCGAGAUAGAUUCAAUUUUGUGGGAAACUGCAUGAUAUCAUGCACAGAGUCAAUUUUUCUGUAUGUGUCCUCGAGCAUCAUAAGAGAGGUUUGUGAGACUAUAUGUAUGCAUUGUGAAAACGUAGGUGCAGACACUGAUCAUUUUAUGAGCAGUCUUUGCUACACGCCAACAGCAUCGAGGUGGUGUAGCUGAUUCAGACGGCACAGCAUCUCUCGUCCCAAAGUCGGGCACGCUUGCGCUCAGAUGCACCUUGUUUCAACCCCUUGGACCUGUUGUAUAAAUUUUGCAAAAUGUAAUAGCAUAUUGUUUUUUCUAUAUACCGAUACCACAAAUGCUACAAUGGCUAGAGGAAUGCUUGCAGAGCCAUCCCCGAUGUUGUUAGAAACAGUUGUGAAAUGCUGGCGAAAAGAACACAGCAGAAAAAAACUGUAAAUCGGACGUUAUUUACUAAAUUUGCUAGUGCAGCGCAAUUCUAACGUAUGAUGUUUACAUCAGCCCAAGUUAUUGAAUGUUUUUGCAUUUUUCUUUUUAGAUAAUAUACACACACUGCUGCUUGCUUGUGAAUGUGGGCUGUGUGCAGUGUACUUUCCGCUGUAAGUAUGAAACACAGUAUAGAGUGAACUCUGUCACAUUGGAAAUUCUAGUGAAUUUUAUGAAAAUUGAGAAUGUGCUCAUGAGGGGAUAGAACUGCCCUGAGCUAUAGACUGUGUUAGUUAUUGAAGAGUGAAUUACUGAGCAAGUACAUGCACAUAGUGCAUUCUGAUACUUCCGGCCCCUUUGGUUUAAUAUCAUAGUGAAAUAAAAUGAACACUCGCCAAGAGGUAAAAUGUAUUGUACAAAAACUUGACAUUUCGGGGCCCUUACAGGUCCGUUGAUCACAAUAAAAGCAAAUGCAGUGGCUCUUGUUUUAAGUAUGGGAGAUGGCACAGUGCAUGGUUUUGUACGAAAAUAUUUGGUUUAAAUUCAAUUGCUUUAACUAGUAUUUCAUGCUGGCACAUUCACGCUGUAAUGUAGCCCUUUUGUCGAAAUCUGCAGAUGAUUCAAUUAAACAUUUGUGUUCACUUAACCUGUUACUAGCCUGUUGUAGUGACUUCAUGGCAUACUGAAUCUGAACUCAUAAAUCCAAACGGAACACUCAGGAGAGGGAGAGAAAUAUUAAUUUGUACAUCAUGUGUGGCCACCUGGCAAUAGUUCAUUUUUUCCAUAUUUGCAGUAUAAGUAUUUUGGAAUGGGGGUUUUCUAUGGGUGUUUUUCAAACACAGUUAUGAUUGUUAUUUAAUUGUGCAAUUUGUGAGCUAUUGUGGUUGCUGAAACCCCAGUGCUAGUUUAUUUCCACGUAUCUGCAUUGACUAAGGAGGGAGGUCAACAUUUUCAUAUUUCUGGUGCUAUUUUGCAUAUUCAACAGAGGCUUCAAUGGUCGCAUAUGACAGGCACAAAGAAACAAAGAAAAAUGAGCCCUUACAAUUCCCCUUUCGUUCUGGCACAACUUCUUGGCACCUAAAUUCAAAAAUCCAAGUUGAUGUCCUAUAAGCCUAAGCCAUCAUUUUGUGUCCAUAAACCUGGUAGCUGGCAGAGACACCCAGCAUGAAAUGUUGAAACUGUUGUUUUGCUGUUGAAUGGCUAAAAAAAAAUUGUGAUUAAAUCAUGACUUCAAUAAUUCUGUCUGCAGUGCUCAAACAAAUGCCAAAUAGCCAACAACCACCAGAUUAUCAGUUAAACCCUUAACUGCUUUGGACGAGCAGAGCUCGUCCUGCUCAAACUGUCCCCAAAGUGCUUGGGACGAGCAGAGCACGUCCUAGCGAAAUAGGUACUCCCCUCUAGCGUUCAGGACAAGAGGCGCUCUUCUACAGCUUAUAUUGCAUGUAAUCCACCAGAUGGCAGCAUUUACUUGACAAUUUAUUUUUCUCCUGCGGAAAGAGCACGGUUUUUGUAAGAUGGGUUGCGGUGGCGGCCACCCAUGCAUAGCUGGCUCGUUAACACGAAAAAGAAGCUUUUCAUUUUCGUCAUCUUCUUCGAGUGAUGAUGAUUCGGAUACAGAUGUUUAUCUUGUGUCCGGAAGUGAAGACAGUGAUGGCGGUGAAUUGAGCACCUCCUCCGGUGAUGAACACAGCUCGGAAGCGAACAUCGCGAGUGCUCGCCAGUGGAUCCUGCGUGAUGCGAACAAUCCUCCUGUGAAGCCUCCUCACUUUCCAUUCUUGGCCAUUCCAGACAAGACUUUCAACUUGUCAUCGCCAGAUGACCUUAUGGAAUAUAUUCAGCAGUUUCUUCAGAAGUGCUUCAUUUGCCCUUGGAAGCAAGGAGAAAACAGGAAAAAGUUGAGAAAGGAAACUCGCUUUUGGUACAGGAGCUGCAAUAGGCCCCCUUGCGUUAUUCCGUGUUUUGAUUUGACUAAGCAUGUGGUACAAAUUUUUUUCCAACGUCGACUAGCUACUUUUUAGUACAAUCAGAUUCGAAAUCAGCAAUAAAAAAAAUAGGCACUUUUGGUUGGGAAAUUUUCAAAAAAAAUAAAGCACUUACGGGGUUAAUCUUUGUAGAUCAUGCAGUAGUCAGCAACUUCAGACAAUAUCUUGAGGCAUUUUGGUGUCAGAGACGCUUUCAGAAGUGAAAUUCUGGCUGUGGGUUUUAGCAAGUGUUGAACCACAAAAAAAUAAAUGUGUGCGUGCAUGCAUGUGCGUGUGUGUGUUUUGUUUAUGGCUCGUAUUUUCACAAAUAAUUGGUGUUGGGGGAAAAACUAACCAUGUCACAGCUGCAUGUGUGAGAGCAUAAAGUGCAGUAAUGUGCAUUUGGUUUCUUGGAAGAAAUUGCCACUCAGUCAAGCACACGUACAGCAUGAAUUGCACCGUUUGGUUGUUGUAUGUGGAUGUGUUGAUGCUAACAUUCUGUGUUUGUGAAAGCUGGCAAGUUUCAUUUUAGAGAUAAGGUUCUUGUUGUGCUCUCUUUCGCUGUCAUUUCUGCCAAGCUGCGUAGCCAUACAGAGUUUUGUUACUGUACAAAUAUAUUUUAGAUUUAAAAUUCUCUAAAAAUCUCUAAUUAGAUUUUUGGUAGCUGCAUUAGUACAAAAGAUGUGCAAUCUCUAAAAGCAUAUUUCUUACGGGAAUUUUUGGCAACUUUGCUUUGUCAAACACAGAAACAAAGUGUGUGGCAAGGCUGCCAGAGAGCUGGUUUAGCCGGUGAUGCUAAUCCGAUUGUCUUCAACAAACUUUGAAUGCAAAAUAAAUACACGUAAAUGUGAGUGAAAUUUUUUUGCUGCAUACUAUUUCUGAUAAUCGAGAAUUAUAAUUUGGUGAACAACAUUAUAAGAAAAUAAACAGCAUCACCGGCUAGACCAGUUUCAUGGCAAUCUUGCCACAUACUUUGUUUUUGUGUUUGACAAAGCAAAGUUGCCAAAAAUCCCCGUAAGAAUUAUGCUUAAAUAUGUGUUAGAAAUUGCAUAUCUUUUGUUCUAAUGCGGCUAUUAAAAAUCUACUUAGAGAUUUUGAAUCUGCAGAAAAAGCUGAAUAAAUGUAUUAAAUUUCAUGCCAUUCACCCAACUUUUAAAAAACCAUUUUUUAAGACCCACGUCUCCCCUUAAGGCAGUGCCAUGUCUGUUGUCUUUAUUACAUCCUGUUCUUGUACUGUUCGUUCCACUUCGUUAUGCACCAACCACCCUUGUGCUGCAGAAGUGGGCUUUUACUGGUAUUUAUCAAACUCUUAACUUGAUAUUCCAAGUUUAAAUGACAUUCCACCGACCCAUGAACAUGUUACCCACCCAAAGCUGUGCAGAUUCUGCAGCAGCAGUGCGGAAAAAUCACCACCAAGAAAGAGAGCAGAGAGAGCCACAGCCACACUGCCAACUCGUAAUGCCACAUGAACCUUUGCUGUUCAGUUUAUCACCAAGUGCACCUAUUUUCACCAAAGUAUAUGAGCUUCCUUUAGAUAAUACGAUUCUCUGAUUAUAUGUUUUAUUUUCCGGUUCCUGUCACACACACAAAAAAAAAACCACUUGCACAAACUGUCUGAUUUGCUUUGCUUGAAACGGGAAUUUAAGCAUAUGUAUUGUGCUGUAAUUGCAAUGCUAUAUGCAGGAGCCACAGCCAAGCACUUUUCUAAGUUUGCAUGAAAUGCAGUUGGACACACAGUUAGUUUCAUGAAAAGCAACCAACUUGUACGUUUCCUGCUUGCGGUACCAUUUGCACAUUUUAUUUAGAACGUUUUCAGGGCUCUUCAUAGUCACUUCGGUUGAGAUACACGACCUUCCAUGUGCUGCUUGCAAAAUAAAUUAAAAUGCACAACUUCUCUGAAGAGCCAUGUGCAUAAAAAUGGACAAUAUUGUGGUUGAGCAAUAAAACGAACCGAGAUGACACAUUUUUUUCACAAGCUAACAAAUAUGAACAGGCCUAUUGCUAGGCACCAAGAAGAAUUGUCAACUCAGUCAAGAUUCAGUAAUGCGAUUUUGCCUUCUUGUGGGGAUAUCUGUGGCUGGCUAACGCAUUCUGGGCCUUUCUUGUAUUGUAAUCCUUCAAACCACUAUAACCUUCAUUGAGCUAAAGUGCUCUCGUAAUGUAAUAUUCAGAUAUUGUUUAGUUGGCCUUAUGUACUUAAAGCCACAGGAAAAAGGGAUAUAAUACACAUAUAGCUUGCAAUGUACAAAUCUCGGGCCAUGUUUCCUAACAACUUCAGAAGUUUUUUAAUCUUUCCCUUCGCAGAAAAUGUAACAUUGUCCUUAAACUUUGAAGCCAUUUCCUUCAAGCGAUGUGAGAUGGAAUGCAUGUAAGGGGAUCACAGCAACUCGCUGCACAAGCUCCUUAGGCUUUUUCUCAACAUGUUGAAAAUUCAAUUCUCCAAUCAACUUGUCACAGGCCAAGGAAACAACAGGCUGAGAGUACCUCACUUCAUUCAAUCUGGGCACCUGAUUAAUUUUCACUUUUCUGCAUGAGGUGAGGACAGUGUUUAGUUAGUGUGGCUCUAAUGGUAGAUGCAGCGUUGUCCUUCUUAACCAGCUUAGAAUGACUAGACCUGAAGCUUUCAAAAAUUUGUGAGCAUAUGUGUUGGCAAUAUCAGCCUAGAAUAAUGAGUCCCUUCUAGACUUCAGGAUUAUGUGGCGUUGUACCUUUUUCUCCUCCACCAGUCCAGUGAUAUGGCUAAAACUUCUGUCAUAAUCAUAACACCAUUGCUUAUGUCACUCCUUGUCCCCCAUUUCCCUGUACCAUGCUACGCUGUUGUUGACUGAAACCUUAUCAGCAAUGCAUGCUAUGCCCGAUUAAUAUAGCUUUUAUGAAUCGGCCCUAAACCAAAUGCAAAAGAAAAUAUGUAUACAACACCAGCAGGAGUGCUGUUCUAAAACAUUGACUCCCAGGUCUAGAUCUGCACUGUGCUCAAGUUUGUACCUAUGUCACUAUUUUCUCAGGCUGCCGUUUUUCUUUUCAAAAGACAACCUAUGUUCAUCUAGUUUCAAGCCACGCAGUUGUUUUUUUACAAGCGAUGCAUGUUAUUUGGCUAUCUAUAGUUCUUUUAUUAUCAUGCAUUCUUGCUACUAAACUUGCACGUGCCUUCAGGGAAAUAAUUAUUCUAGGACAAGUUUUCUUAUUUUCAUUGUUCAUAAGAACUCAGCCAUAAGUGAUAUAUAGUUGUGAAAUAUAGUUACUGUAAUGCAAAAAUAUGAUGUCGCUUAAUUAGAUAUGUUGCGGGGCUAGUUGGUGAUACAUUCUUAUUUAAAGGGACACUAAAGAGAAACAAUUAAUCGGUUUAGAUCGAUAAAUUGUGCUCUGAGAACUCUAACGUCGUUAAUUUCGCCAUCAUAGGUUUAUUAAUAGAGGAUAAAAUCAAGUUCAAAGUUUCAUUUUUAAAUUUCGCGCCGAAAUCUCCCCGCGUGACAUUGGGGAUUUCAAAGUGUAUUUAUCGUAUUUUGGCACCAUUGGCUCAAGCCCCAAACUUGUUAUGUUAAGCCUAUGGCCCCCCUCAGAGGACGAUGUGCUUCAUUUUUACCGAUUAGGAACUACGUAGUCCCUAGUAGGCGCCGUCAAAACCUGUGACGUCACGGCGAAUGGUGCGGAAACUUCAAGGUGCCGUCGCCACCCACGUUUUGCUUUCGCGCGUUUUCUCGUUUUCGCGCGUUUUCUCGCUUACUAAGCGUCUUCUCGCAGCAAGCGUGGUGUUUUUGGUAUCGUGAAAGAGUACUUUACUAAUAUGAGAAAAAUCGUUUUGCUCUUUAGUGUCCCUUUAAAAUAUUGCAGCGCUGUAUUUGACGAGGACAAGACAGACAAGUACAUGGCAGGACGGGCGCUGGGUGCCCGUCCUGUCAUGUACUUGUCUGUCUUGUCCUCGUCAAAUACAGCGCUGCAAUAUUUUAAAUAAGAAUAUGAUGUAACAAAAUGAAAAUUCGUUCACUUCUUUGAAAAUCAGCUGAGGAGUUGAAAAUGUUUGUGGUCAAGGUCCACUUUUUUUUUUUAAGGAGCAUUUCUGUAAUGUAGAGCUCGAGCUCUAGAGCUCCCAUUUGAUUCAGUGUUGAGGUCUGACAUGCAUCUGUCUUCCAUUGACAACAGUUUUCUCAUGCUUUGCUGUUUGCGUUUUACUUCACAACCUCCAGCUUCGGAGCCUCCCAAUAGAGUAGUAUCUCAAGAGACACUGGUCUACGUAUUUGCACUUGAUAAAAUCAUUCCACUUUGACUGGACAAGUGCAAUUGCGUUCAGAGCAGUGAUGUUUGAUCUUGUGAUGGGCAAAUGUGCAACAUAAUGUUGGUUUGAUCUUGUCAUGUUUGGCAUAACUUUUUUUUUUAAUAGUGGCUGCUGUUGAAAAGUUCAUUGUGUAUAUAAGGAAUAGCGCAUUUUUAAACCAAAAAUUAUUUUCCUGCCCUAUUAAAUGUUCAGUGUUUCAAGAAUUGCUUUUAAGAAGACAUUUUGUAUGACAGCACAUGUUUUACCACGGCAUAACUUGUAACUUAUUGGCCGCAGAUUGUUAAACGUGCGUGAACAUUUAGCUGAAUUAAACCACAGUUAAAAAUACAAUUAAAUAACCUUGACAGUUUGGAUUCUCUAGGCAUAUUUUCUCGCGGGUUUUUUCAGCUGGUAUUGUUACCCAUUUUGGUUUUAUUGUAUGUGUAUAAUGGCUGAUAUAAUACCAUACUGUUUGAUUUGUCAUUACUAUUCACAUUGGAUAUCUUGUGCUUGUUAAAGUUAUGCUAUUGUAGAUAGAAUGGAAACAGGAAGAUCUAAAGCAGUACACUUGUGCAAAUAACUCGAAGAGUACAAUUUUGUAUUACUGCAUACCUGUCACUAAAGGUAAAGUAGGCCUUAACCGAGCAUAAACGCCGAAAUACACUGACAUCACAUGAAGUGGUAAAUGUGGAAACUGAGACGUUAAAACAAGUUUCUUUUUCUCUCUGUGAUAGGACACAAUGAGCUCGCUGGGCAGGUACAUCCACACUGUUCACAAGGCAGCUGUAUACCAGCUACCAAUUGUAGCUGCAUUUCCUUGCUCUGCAGUAGCACUCUUCUAUUUUUGUUCAGGGUUCUAAAUAUGCUGCAGUGUUUAAGUAUUAUGUGCUUGCAUUUAAGAAUUUAUGGGGCUUGUUUAAUUUUUCGGUAGAAGCAAAAGGAAAAUAAGUGCUACUGCGUGUUAAGAUGUAUAGUCGCACUCAAUAUGACUUGCAACACGGGAGCACGAGCUCAAAGAUUGCGCAUGGCUUCCAAUAACCUUUAUAUCCACAAUUAAACGAUGUUCUGUCACUGGGUGAUGUUCCCCAAUAAGAAAAUGUCAUUUAGUUGUGGAAAUAAGGGCAACUUGAAGCCAUGCGCAGUCUUUGAGCUCAUGAGGCCGUGCGCUUCCGUGUUACAAGUCAUAUUGAGCGCGACAGUACAUUUGCGGGCAAACUGGCCAGCUGCGGGUGUUGCUUGGGUAGUGCACACAUUGAGGAGUAUGUUCAAGAGACCCUGCAAGAUUUUAAAAGCCCCGAAGAGUUCAGAGUGUUUCAUUACAGCAUAUCGCACAGACCGUGUGUAAAUUUGGGUGAUAAAACUCCAAGUCGUAACUGUUAGAUAGUGCAGGGCUGGUGCAAAAUGCACAAUGCCUACGACAUUUGGCCACCCUUAUGCAACAUGUGCUGUUCUUUUUUUAUUAUUGUUAUUAUUGCAUGUCUGUGUACAUGCUCUUGUCUCCAACCCAUGAAAGCAUGCCGUUAGUGUUCAUUUCCUCUACUGUAUGCACAGCGAUUUUUUAAUAUGAAUGCUACAAAAAAAUUGGCCACACACACCUGACACACAACUUUCUACUCACAAAAGAAGAACAACCAACAUGUGAAAAAUGCCAACAACCGUUAACACUCAUACACAUCCUAAUUUCAUGCCCCGACGUUGAAACGCAGAGACAGAAAUAUUUCAGAAAAUUAUACAAACAACACAUACCUCUACAUCCUGCUCUGCUUCUAGGAGAUCAGCCUUUAGUACCGUUGUCAGACGUGCUGAACUUUCUUAAAGAAGGUGACUUUUUAAGUAAGCUGUAAAACUGCACGAUAUCACUGCCCCAUAUUUAAUACCUCGUGACUGGCGCAACAUAGCCUCAGCUGCUUUUGCGCCAUAAAAACCGAAUUAACAAACAAACAACAAAACUUGAAUUGAAAUGAAUGUUUGAGAAGCUUGCAUGGAUGAAAGCUUAAAGCUUUGUGAUCAAUAAUAAUAAUUGAUUCAGUUGCACAAAAUAACUGCCUGCGCCUAUGCCGUGAGAGAUCUGGAUGAUUGUACCUAAACACUGCUCUAAGCUGUCCGAAUUUCUGUUUAUUUUGAGCCAUGCAGCUUAUAAGGUGCAUAUAAAGGUGCAAGCAUUAGCAGCAUUUCACUUUCACAAAAAUUUUUCUCCGUCUUAUUCUUGAUGUCUGCACUGCAUUGCAUAAAGGAUUAUCAGUCCAGCCUUGCUUAACGCCUUUUUGCAAGUUAUCAUAAUUAGCUUUUGCAUUUUAUAGCUGCAUAUUGUGAAGCAUGGUAUUAGAAACUCCAUUCAUAAAUGCUAAAUCAAGUUGUACUGCUUCCUCUGCAUUUCUUUUUCUGCUUUGGUUUGUAUUCUCUGUUUAUGAAAGUUGCUAAUUUACAAGUGAAUAUUCUAAACAGUACAUUUUCAACCAAUAUGUCCCAAAGCUUAAAUUUUAGGUAUAAAAUAUUGGUGUAUCACAUUUGCCAUGUCAUUCUGUGUGGAAUAGCUAGUGUAUUUACAAAAGUUAGCUGAUGUAACUGUGCCUUUAGUUGUGCCCCGAGAUGUGCAAAUGGGAUGAAAAUUAAAUGAUGACCAAAGCUGUGUCCUACAUAGCUGAUACUAUUAUAAUCAAAGUAGAAAAGCAUAGCCUUCACUUUUUGUAAGGUCAUAUGUCACUUCAUUUCAGUCAUAGAGUUAUACACGGGGUAAAAGAGCGCUUUAUAUGCCAGUUGCUUCUCUGCUCCUUGUCCCAGAAGCAGCCACCAACAAUUUCGAGUGUGUUCCACAUCUGCCACUGUGGGUGUCAGCAGCACUGGCUCACUUUCAAGGCUAUGUUACAUGAGCGUGCAAAGUGUUCCCCAUUGUUAGGAAAAUACCUCAGUAGUGUUCAGUCCCACGUGAGUUCACUGCUUGAUGCAUUUCAUCAAAAAACAAACAAGCAGCUACUAUGAUGCCUAAUGCAGAUGUUAAUGAAUGAAAGACUAAGCUGUGGGUAAUCAGUCUAAACCCAAGCUGCUCUUGUCACUUAAGUACUAAUGAGGUGAUUUCUCUCGAGAAUUAACAACUGCUCAUAAAUACCAGAGAAAGGGAAGUCUACAACCACUGCUGUAGCUCAUUUGGUAGAGCACCACAAGCAUAUUGUGUCGUUUAGUUCAGAUCCCAAAGCCGACAUCUAUCUUGGCUUUCUUCAAAAAGAUGUUUUUUUUUUUUUCAUGAAUACGAACAAAGGCAUGCUGUAUAGCCCUAUUACAAAUAACAUUUCAGUGUCCCCAAGCUUUCCAUGGCUUUAAUGACAUUUUGCUUCCCUAGUAGCUACGAUACAGCUCCUAGUCUCUUAUGAUUAUCUUGCAAAUUAUUCCACUUACUUGUUGUGCAGCUUGUGUUAUUUUACCCCUGCAGGUUGUUUAGCAACCAGAGCAAAUUGUCUUGUCUUAAUACUUCUCAUUUUUGCUUUGUGGUAUUUCAGCAUUGUGAAAGCACUUGUUUUUUCUAAGAUAUAAACAAAAAACAUGAAAAUAUCAAUCACCAAAUCACCAACUUUGCUACAUAUCCAGAUUAAACUGUGCGAAGCUCCAAGAAUGGAAAGCUGUGCAAUGCUAAGCUGUGCAUGAACUUCAAGUUGAAUUAUUUAACAAGCAGCAGUCCAAAACAGCUUUCUGUUUUUGAAGCAAAUUUCAUGGGACACUUUCUUUGUGUCUGUGUAAUGAAAUCACUGGCCUCUUUGUACACUUUGCUUUUAUUGCCUUUGUUUCAUGUACACUUAGCAAUUUUCAUCAUCCAAUGAGUACAUGUGUGUAUCCUUCAUUUGUACUAAUUGCACUAUUGCCACCAGUAUUUUCUAAACUAGUCGUUCUAAAUGGUCUGUUAGUGUACAUUGUUCUAUGAAGUGUUUUCCCAAGCAUCAUUUAUGGGUGCUAUGCAGUGGUGGGUUUAUAGUGGUGUUGACUGAUGUGAUGAAUUAUAGUUACUAAUUCACCUGGUGCAUUGUUGUAUAAUAAAAGUGUUUCUAGACC